UUUGUCCCACAAUGCACCUUCACUGUAAAAUGUUCUUCUGAAAUAAACCGUAGCGUCUUGAUUAAGUACUACAGGGGAAAUAUCUAAAAACUCAGAGAUUCACUCUGUGUGCUGCCGCAAACACUCCCCGUAAGUAGGUGGCGCGCUGCUGUUUUGCCAAAUCAAGAGAAAUGUCUCAUUUGAGUGCCCGUACCCGCACCUUACGAAAGCGAGUCCGCUAAAGUAGCAUAGCAGCUGUGCUGACAUUGAGAGUGAUAACGCAGGAUAGCACAGUCUUAUAAUUCCAGCUUGUCCAGUCCAACGGUGGGAAGUAUCAAGUACUUCUCAAUAGAUCCCCAGCAUGGUAACAGGAAAGCGGCUCGCAGACAUCGGCUAUCGGGCAUUUUCUGCCUCGAUGAUGCUGCUGACGGUGUACGGGGGCUACCUGUGUGCAAUGCGAGGGUACCGCUACAUGGAGAGGCAGAAGCAGCUGAAGCUGGCAGCAGAGAACCAGGAUCCUGAAGUCAUCAAAGACUGACAAAAGCUCUGCUUUUUGCACACAUGUGGACAUUUCUCAUUCCUCCUCGUCUUUAUCCAGCAGCGAAUCGUGAUGUUUAUUCUUCAGAGGACACUUGUGUGAUUCCAACAAGGAUUUGUUUAUAAAGCUCCCAGAAAAUUAACCACGAGCAUAUUUCCAUCACUGGCUUCUGUCAAAUUCAUUCUGAGCUGCACUAUUUCAGGAAUAAGAUGUAAUUGUUUGUAUUAUAUGACAUUAAAUGCAUUCAGCUACA